AAGAAGCGUCCAGCCUGUGGGUCACAGACACCAGCAGCAGUUUGUGUGUUUGUGCAGAAAGUCGUUUGAAUUUUUGGGUCAGAUGGCCGCAGUGUGUGAUCAGUAUCAGAGAGUGUGUUUGUCAGAGACUCAGCUGGACUUCCCGGGCCAGCCGUACUCUGUGUCCGUCCUUAAAGUCGGUUACUGCGUCCCUCAGACUGAUGGGUCGUUUAGAGCCGACGGGACUAUUACCCUCAUAAGGGGAGUCAUGGACAUCCUGGUGGACACCGGGGGGCCGUGGGACCGGGAGUUCCUCCUCCAGUCAUUAAAGCGAAGAGGCCUGGAGCCCGGGGAUCUACAGCUGGUGGUGGGAACUCACGGACAUUCAGAUCACAUUGGAAAUCUGAAUCUCUUCCCUUCUGCAUUGACUAUAGUGGGAUAUGAUAUCAGUGAGGGAGACAUUUACCGUCCCAACCAGCUGGCAGAGGGACAGGUCUACACUGUGGAUGAUCAUGUGUGCGUAGUUCCCACCCCGGGCCACACGGGACAAGACGUCAGUGUCCAGGUGGAGGGGACAUCUGUUGGGACUGUCCUUGUUGCAGGGGACUUAUUUGAGUGCUGGUCUGACGACAACAGCUGGAAGGAUUUGAGUAUGAACAGUGCAGUGCAGGAAGUCAGUCGACAGAAAGCUCUGAAUACUGCUGAUGUCAUUAUACCAGGACAUGGACUUCCUUUCAGAGUUCUCAGAACCUGAUUACAUCAAAAUGAUGUGCUGAUGUCACUUGGCUUAUUUACAACUUGGUGUAUUAUUAUCCCACCGCCUGAGCUUUAUUGAGUUAAUUCAGUCAAAGUUUAUGCUGCGUAAUCCUACUGAAUAGCACAUGUUCACACACGAGGAGUGAUCAUUCUACUUUAUGUUAUGAUUGUUAAAAGUACGCUAUUUUCUAAGUUUGAUGUUUUGAAUUCCUUCUUUGAAAAAUUCUUCAUAUGUGCUGCCUGAAAAUAAACAUUAUUUCCAUCAACCUUUUGAAGGGUUACUGCUAUUCUGUGAACUUUGACGGUUGGUAAACAUGACAUGGUAAUCUAAGCCUGAAUGAAUGGCAAAAUGAUUCGGGAUGCAUCGGUUAAAAUAUCAAUGUCAUGCUUCCAAAAAUUCUUAAUUGAUUUCUAGUAAGAAUGUGGUGCAUCACUGUGUUUCUUUGUGGCUAAAUAAAAUGAGGGUUUUAAUUCUGAGGUCAGAGGUCUUGUCAGGACUCACCAAUCAUUUUCCAUUAAGGCUUCAAACCUAACAUGAAAGCAUAAUCAGGGAAAUCGUGCCUAGGCUGCUGUUGAUCCAGUGUCCAAAGAGCACUUAGCUUAACAUAAAGCAUGAAUGAUCACUUUUUUUCAUUUUCAUUAAUUCAUUAGAUUGUUUUAAUCUUGUUUCCUGGGGUGUGAAUUUGCCUCUGUUGAGUCCUUUUCCUUUUUUGUUUUCUUUUUUUUAAUGUGUUUUUUUUAUAAGAGCUUUAAAAUAGCUCUGAGGAAGCUUAAAGUAUCAACAAUUAUUAUAUGUAAUAUAAUAUGUAUGCAUUCCCUUAUCUAGAAGUGUGAUGUGAUUUUCAUAAUGUGUUUUAGCAUCAACCAGCCAAUGGGACCAGAGAUGGAAAUUAGUCACUUGGCUACAAUCUCAUGUACUGACAUGUAAAUGUUCGUUGAUACAUAUUGUUGCAUUUUUAAACACAAACUUGAACUUAUAGUUUGAACAUGAUAUACCAUAUUUAGGAGCUUGAUGUCCUGCAGCUUUUAAAUCUGCAGGUCAUCAGCAGCGUCCUGCUGAUAAUCAUCAAAAUGAUAAUAAACAAAGGCUUGGAAUAUA